AGUACCACACCCUUACUGAAUCGUACUCUUUGAAGGUAUGGUAUUGACCCACCAGUACCUCCGGUAUGCUCACCACAGCGUCUGGGGUAUCAUCGCCUCCCCAACCUCAAACAUUCUCCUUCUUAAAAACAACGUCAUCGUUUGUCCUGCUCUGGAAAAGGUGAUAGUGUGGGACGCCAGGAAGAACGUGAAACUGAACGAGAUGAGUGAAGGAACCUCUACAGUAACCUCCCUCGCAACACACGACGAGAAGACAAUAGCAGUAGGGUACGAGGACGGCACUGUCAGAAUAUUCGGGAUAGACUCCAAACUGAGUAACGUGGUGCUGAGCGGACACACUAGCUCGGUAACCACCCUCAAGUUCGACAACACUGGUACCCGCCUGUGUUCAGGGUCUCUCGACACUAACGUUAUAGUCUGGGAUGUGGUGAGUCAGAGUGGCCUGUACAGACUGAAAGGACACAAGGGUCCCAUUAACGACUGUAUAUUUCUACAGAACUCUAACGUUCUGAUAACCUCCUCUAAAGACACUUACAUCAAGUUGUGGUGCCUGGACUCGCAGCACUGUUUUGAGACUCUGACUAACGGUAGAGACGAAGUGUGGAGUAUCACAGUGUGUAGCGGUGAGACGCGCCUCAUCGCGGGGUCCAACACCGCGGAGCUGCGGGUGUGGUCGCUGGAUCAGGGAGGAGAGCUGGGGAAGAGGAAGAGUGGAGAGAAGGUGGUGCAGUGUGAGCUGUUGGGAGCGUUAGUCAGGAAGAGUAAAGACAGGGUCAACUGUUUGACUGUAGUGGAGAAUGUGGUGUUUUGUCAGAACAACGACUCUACUAUUGAGUUGUUCAAGGUUAAAACGGGGGAGGAGCAGGAAAAGCUGCUGAAGAGAAAGAGGAAGAAGCUGAAAAAUAGUGUUACUCAGGAUGAAGCUACUCUAGAUAUCGACGAAGAGAUCAUGUACAUGAAAACCAUCAAAUGCAGCAACAAGUUGAGAUCUAUCAGCUGUCGACCUCUUAAAAAAGCCAAAGGUGGAAUCAAGAUCUGCUGUCUGUUCAAUAACAACAAAGUCCAGAACUACAACCUGACCCCAGAGUUGGAACACCAACCCUCCACAUCUCUAGACUUGUUGGGCCACAGAAGUGACGUCAGAGCAGUGAGGUUCAGCUCUGACAGCAGCAGAGUUCUUACUGUCAGUGAUGGGUUAACCAAGCUCUGGUCCUGUAAAACCCAGCACUGUAUUACCACUGUGGAAUGUGGUAAUGGAAUGUGUGCUGUGAUGGCUCCAGGUGAUCAGUACGCUGUGGUUGGGACCAAGAAAGGAGAGGUCCAGCUUCUGGAUCUGGUAUCUGGAGUGCUGGUUUCCAGUGUUGCGGCACAUGGUGGCUGCAUCUGGGACAUAGCAAUGAGGCACGACACCAGGGGAUUUGCUACAGGUUCAGCAGAUAAAUUAGUUAAAUUUUGGGACUUUGUGUUGGUUGAGGGGGGUGUCGGAGAGAAGAGUAGGAUUGGUGUUAGCCAUGUUAAAUCUCUACAGAUGACAGAGGAUGUCUUGUCAGUCUGUUACAGCAAAAACAACAAACUUCUAGCAGUUUCUCUCCUAGACUGCACGGUGAAAGUGUUCUUCACGGACACCCUAAAGUUCUUCAUCUCGCUAUACGGACACAAGCUGCCAGUAACCAGCAUGGACAUUUCCUCCGACAGUACACUCAUCGUUACAGGCUCUGCUGACAAAAACAUCAAAAUCUGGGGACUAGACUUCGGGGACUGUCACAAGUCAAUAUUUGCGCACGACGAAGCCGUGAUGAAAGUAGUAUUCGUUCCCAAGACACAUCUCUUCUUCUCAGUAGGAAAAGACAGGAAGCUGAAACAGUGGGAUGCUGAUAACUUCGAGCACAUCCAGACUCUGGAGGGUCACCACAAGGAGGUGUGGUGUGUGGAUAUCUCAGGGUCGGGAGACUUUGUUGCUACCAGUUCCCAUGAUAAGAGCAUCAGAAUCUGGGAGAGAACAGACGAGCCCCUGGUGCUGGAGGACGAGAGAGAGACUGCCAGAGAGUUGCAGUACGAGCAGAGUCUGGUGGCCAGCCAGGACACCACCAUACCGGGUGAGAACGCUGAUAACGAGGCUGAAUCUGCGGGUAAGAAGUCCAUGGAGACAGUAAGAGCAGCUGAACGUAUCAUGGAGGCUAUAGAAGUGUAUAGAGAAGACACUGCUAAACAGCAGGAGUACGAAGAAGCGCUGCUAGUUGACAAAACAGCGCCUCCCCCCGAUCAACACAUCAUACUCUCCUCUCUCAACGUUUCCGGGUCGGACUACGUGCUGGAUGUCAUCAAGAAAGUGCGUCCUAGUGAACUUGAGGAGUCACUUCUAGUCCUGCCUUUCCAUUACAUCUGUGACAUUCUGAUCCUCUUGAACGAGUGGUUACUGAACAAGAAAAGUGUGGAACUGUGCUGUAAGUGUACUUUCUUCCUACUGAGAGUUCAUCACAACCAGAUUGUUGCUAAUAAGGUUCUGGUUAAUGUUAUUGAGUCGCUCAAUAAAACUACCCGGGACGUUGUUAAAGAAGUUAAGGAUGUUAUCGGGUUUAAUCUAGCUGCUUUAAAGUUCUUACAGUUAGACCAACAGGACACUAAUGAGAGUUUCUUUAAAGAUUUUACUGGAAAGGUUAAAGAUGUUAAGAGGAAAAAGAGGGCAAUUUUGAAAACUGUGGCCUCCUAAUAACUACAACUUGUCAAAUUAUUAUUACUGCAGGAAACGUUUUAACAUGUUUUUAAACUAUAUCUAGGUUUUUAUGAGGGACUAAUUUAUUGGUUUGAUGCUUUGCAGUUCGAAGUAAUUUAUGAUUUACUAAUUUAUUCUUUUAUCCAGCUUAUA